AUGACUACUUCUCUACCGAUCUUAUCAUCUCAACGAAAACGGGCAUUAGUUAUUGGCAAUAAUAAUUACAGUCGACCGGAAAGUAAACUUCGUCAUUGUACUAAUGAUGCUAAUGAUUUCAGUGAUUUACUCAAAAGUAUUAACUUCAAUGUUACAUUAGAAUUUGAUUUAGCUAAUGUACCAAUGGUUACAACGAUUCGUGAUUUUUCAAGGAGUAUCGUUGACGGUGAUUUAGUAUUAUUUUAUUUCUCUGGACAUGGUUAUCAAGUUAAAGACAAAAAUUUUUUGAUGCCGAUAGAUGAUCAAGAGAUAGAAACAGAAGAGGAUGUCGAAGAUUUUGCGGUUUGUGUUGAAACAACAAUGAAUAAUAUAUCAAAGAAAAGUCCUUCAUCAGUUACAUUGUUCAUCUUAGAUUGUUGUCGAACAUAUUGGCCAAAAAAAAUAGCUAAAACAAGAGGUGGUGCUGAUGGCAAAGGUUUACAUUCGAUGGAACCACCAGUAGGUACAUUUAUUCAGUUUGCUUGUGGUCCAAAUCGAACAGCAUGCGAUGGUGCGGAAAAUGAACGAAAUGGUUUAUUUACUAAACAUUUACUGCGUCAUAUUACAUAUCCAAAUACAGAUAUUACUCAAAUUUUUCGAAGCGUUGCAUAUGAUGUUUACAAAGAAAGUGAUGGAACACAAAGACCAUUAAGCGUUGAUGGAAUUUUACAUCAUGGACAUGUUUGUUUGAAUGAAUCAGGUAAAAUUUGA